AUGCAACACCAACAACUUCAUCAUCAUCUCCCCAAAAUUCUUUCAUAUCCAAAACCAUAUAUCACACUCCAUACAAAUAUCCAUAUCCAACCCAAAAAUUUUCUCACUAUAUCUCCAUCUCCAUCAUUCCUAAAAAAAUCCUCAAAUUUAAAUUUCCUUCAUGCAACAAAAAUCACUCCUUGUAAUGCAUUAACAUCAUUCCCUUCACCAUCUUCAGCGGAAGAAGAUAACACAGACACAGACACAGAUACCAACUCGAACACAGACACAGACACAGACGAGAACACUGACAUUAAUGUUAAUGUUGUUGAGAAUAAGAUUCAAUGUCUUCCUGAGAAAAAGAGUUUCUGGGGAGCAGUGAGUUUGAUAAUUGGUACAUCAGUUGGGCCUGGAAUGUUGGGCUUACCAUCUCUAACAAUAAAAUCGGGCCCAAUACCAUCCACAAUCAUAAUCUUCAUUUCAUGGAUUUAUGUAAUCUCAUCAAUAAUUCUUGUUGCUGAGCUUUGUUUUGAUGCAAUGGAAAAGGAUGAUCUUGAAGAGGUUAGUUUCACAAACCUAGCAACAAGAACAUUAGGUCAAAAAUUUGGUUCAUUUGUUGCAUUGGUUUAUACAAGUCUAUGUUUUUCAAUGCUUGUUGCAUGUGUUGCUGGAAUUGGAUCAAUUAUUUCACCAAUUUUCACUAAUUUCAAUAAUUUGGUGGUUCAUUCAUUGUUUCCCCUUUUUGUUGGAAUCUUGAUUGUGUUUUUCCCUUUCAAUACUAUAGAUUUUGCAAAUAGGGUUUUGUGUUUUCUAAUGCUUGUUUCAAUAACUGGAUUGGUUGGGAUUGGAGUUGUUGUGGCUAGAGCUAAUAUAAUAAGCUCUUUUGGUUCAAUUUCGUGGAAAUUAUCGUCGAUUUUGCCAAUUAUACCGGUUGCUGUGUUGACGGUAGGGUUUCAUGUGAUUACGCCUUUUAUAUGCAAAAUUGCUGGUGAUAGUAUUGAUGAUGCAAGAAAAGCGAUACUGAUUGGUGGAACUGUUCCGUUGGUGAUGGUUUUGUCAUGGAAUUUGAUUGUGUUGGGACUUGUUGGAGCUAAGAAAGGUGCAGAUUUUGUUGGUGAUCCUAUUUCGCUUUUGCUUUCGGUGAAUCCUUCUGCUUUAUCUGCUGUUCAAGGUUUUGCAUUUUCUGCUAUGGCGACUAGUUUGAUUGGUUAUGUUGUGAGUCUGCCAAAGCAGAUUCUCGACACUUUUGAAUUGGUGUUUGGAAAAGGUGAAAAUGGAAGAGUUGGAUUGGUUUCUUAUUCAGGUGAUGGUGGCGGCGGUGACGGUGUUGGUUAUUCAGGGAAUGUUGGAUUUGAAAGUUCAAAAGAUUUGAGUGAAAUGAGAUUGAAUGAGAAAAGAUUUGAGGGAUUUAAGGUGUUUGUAACGAUAUUGGUUCUUUGUUUUUCGGUGUUCAUAGCUUCGUAUUUUAGGUCUACUUUUUCGAGAGCUCUUGAUUUUGCUGGUGUUUAUGCAAAUUGCUUUCUUUUUGGGAUAAUUCCUCCUGUCAUGAGUUAUAUUCAUCAACAAACCAACAAGGAAAAAAUCAGGUCAUCCUUCAUUCCAGGAGGAAAUGUGACACUUCUGCUGCUUUUCAUUAUCUCAGUCAUGUUAGCAAUUUGGCAUUAG